AUGGCGGAAGAGGACUAUGGAGACUUACAGGCCGCGUCUACCAAUGGCCGAGGAGCGGCACCAUCCUUGGCUCACGAGGAGCUACCCAAGCAGAUUGAAUGUCUGAUGGGCCGGAAAUUUAGAAUUGCAGAACUAGAAAAAUCGCUGGCAACUACCCAACGAGCCCCAGCUGAAUACAUAGACACGCCACGUUCUCGGACCGCGGCGUCGCUCAACGUCCCAUUGGAAGCAAGCCCCUCGCACAGUUAUCAUUCGCCUCCGAUAAUUCCACCAGGCCCCUUUUCGGUAAAUUCCGACACGCACAGUCUAGCGGGCUCUCAUGCCCCUGUUAUUACCGACGGGCCACUCAAAACACUGAACGACUUCCAAUCUGAAGAUCCUGUUGAAUAUGAGUUACAUGAUCCGAUUGCUCGCUCGGUGUUGACUGAAGGAGAGGCCUUUGUGAUGUUCAGACUGUUCUUCUCAAGUUGUCAUCCAAACGCUCCCUUCCUCGACGUCGAGCUCGAUUCAGAUGUUGACCGUGUCCGCUCCAACAGCAUUUUUCUAUUCCUUGCCAUUCUCUGCGUGGGUGCGCGCUUCUGGGGCGCCUCGUCAAAGUCAGCUUGUUGGUUACACCCGCGGUACCCGGGACUCGUGCGUCUUCUUGAUGCAGAAGUGAUGCGAGUGACUUUACGCCCGGGGCCCGAUGACCAGAAGCUGGAAACAGUACAAGCGCUCAUGCUAUGUGCGCAUUGGAUGCCAUUUGAUAUCUCGGCCGAUGGAAAACGCGAUAGAUCCAGGUUUUCUGAGUCCGGGGCGUGGCAGUGCCUUGGUCUAGCAACUCGCUGGGCGACCUCACUCGCGCUAGAGCGGAGUUGCCAUUUGAGCUUCCAGAAUCCCGAUAGAGUGACACGCAAAGAUGUGCAAAGGUUCCGGACAAUGCUUUACCUCACGGAAAGUGAUCAUUACCUUGCAUUAUCUGCGAGGCGUCCUUCUUACCUAAAUCCUGAGCCACUCAAUAAUGUUCUCCACCAAUUCCUCCGAUGUAAAUAUGUCCAAACUACAGAUAAACGCCUUACAUCGCUGUUCCGGGUCGCAUACGGUGCGCAUUUUACCGGAUGUCGGCCAACAACCAUCGAGAGCGUCGAGGCCUUCGAUAAAGACGUGCAGAUUAUUGAGCGACAAUUUACACUCAAUCGUGGAAACCACUCAUUGGAUUCCCUCGGUCAUCAUUUCCCCUUCAUCUCACUUCGCUGGUACCGGCUGUCUUAUGCAUGUGCAUUUCUCGAUGUGACCGACCCAAGCCAAAGAACAGGGAAGGUCUUGACGUGGGCAAUCGAGUGGUCCAGUCAGAUUCUCAUCCAUCUUUCACGGCCGCCUUCCCUUCAAGCAACGAGCAACAGUCCGAUCCUUCUCCCGUUGCAACCGGACCCGGGCGUGAUACAAGUUUUGUCAUAUGCAAUUGACCAUUACUUUGUUGUCAUUGCGUACGCAGCGUUCGUGCUUGUUAACAGCUGGCUAGGAAACCUCAUGGACAUGAACUUUCGCCCGCAUAUCCAACAAGCCGGGGAUUCGUACGAUAAUGAGCCUUCAAGCUCUUUAUUAUUUCGAUUAGUCGACCUUGCAGCUCGUACUCUGGAAGCUGCCAGUCCGCCUACCGGACACCUCGCCCGCCGAUAUGUUCCAUUGCUUCGUGGAAUGACUGGCAUAAUCCUCUCCGGCAAUACGCAGGCAAGAGCAACAGAAAACGGCCACAGCGCUGUGGUGGAGCAUCCCAGCCAUCCCCACGAGCAGCAAGGGAACCUCGGUGGAGAUCUCUGGGAAAUGUGGCAACAGGCCGGACUAGAGCCUAUGCCCUGGCCUAAUGUGUUAGACGACAUCUACUGA